CUUCAAUCACAACACGGAAAUAAGAUUUGAAAACACAAACCCGUUUGACAUUUGUCGUUCAUUCGUGUUUAUUCCCGGUAGAGUGUUAAACCUGUACAGUGAUCGGAUUUCUGAUAGAGGAAACACAUUCUGUGUAAAAUGCUGUUCUCUGACUGCUUCCUAACGUUAGUGUGGGAUUAACUCCGUAACUGGAUGCUUUUGACCCACUUUGUGUAGUUUGUGUAGUGUAAAUGUGGAUCAAGUCUUAGUGAGACCAUGAUGAGUUGACAGGCAUGUAAAGGAGCAGAUAUCACUCGGCUUUCUGCUUCAAACAGUUCUGUGUCCCCUGUCUAAUAUUUCACUAAUACAGCGACGAAAGCUUUCUAACCGGUUACUAACUUCACUAGCUAGCUAACCUAACUGUCAUCAUGAGACUGAGUUCUUCAGUGUUCGCCUCAUUUUGUCUCCUCAUCGAGUUAGUCGGUAUUGCCCUUUUCCUCAGAGGAUUUUUUCCUGUUCCAGUCAAGUCGUCUCUAUCCUCCAAGAGUAAACUGUCAGACCUGCCUGCAGAACCACUUGCAGGAAACAGUCCAAACUCAACCAAAGUUCCUCCGCCUCUGUUCAAAAGAGUGGUGAUUAUGUUGAUAGAUGCUUUAAGAGAGGACUUUAUCUUUGGGCCGAAUGGGAAAAGAUUUAUGCCCUACACCAGACACAUAGUGGAGAGAGGAUCCUCACACAGCUUCAUAGCCAAAGCUAGACCUCCCACUGUCACUAUGCCGAGAAUUAAGGCCCUGACCACGGGCAGCAUCCCCGGCUUCAUCGAUGUGGUGAUGAACCUCAACUCUCCAGCUCUCCUGGAGGACAACCUAAUCUGGCAGGCCAAGAACUCCGGAAAGAGAAUCAUUUUUUAUGGAGACGACACCUGGGUUCGGCUUUUCCCCAAGCACUUCAUGGAGUACGACGGCACCACGUCCUUCUUCGUCUCCGACUACACUGAGGUGGAUAAUAACGUGACGCGUCAUUUGGACAGCACUCUGAAAAGAGAUGACUGGGACGUGUUGAUCCUGCACUAUCUGGGGCUGGACCACAUCGGUCACAUCAGCGGCCCCCACAGUUCCCUCAUCGGACCCAAACUCCUCGAGAUGGACGAUGUCAUCAAGAAGAUACACGCCUCCCUCAUCUCACGGGAGUCUGAGGGCACUCUGCCUAAUCUGAUGGUGCUGUGCGGUGACCACGGCAUGUCUGAGACGGGCAGCCACGGAGGAUCGUCAGAGCCUGAGAUCAGUACCCCUCUCAUCCUCAUCAGCCCCGCCUUCCAGAGGAAAGUGGGUCUGGAGCAGCCUGCUGUGGUAGAGCAGGUGGAUCUUGCCCCCACUCUUGCACUGGCCCUGGCUCUGCCCAUCUCUCAGAACAGCGUGGGCCGUCUGAUCCCGGCAGUGUUCGAGGAGGCCUCGCUCAGGGAGCAGCUCCGUUUCCUCCACAUCAAUGGCCAGCAGCUCAGCAGCCUGCUCAGAGACAGCAACCCCAACUUCCAUAAGGAAGAUGGCUAUGAGCAGUUUCGCAUGGCAGAGAAGGCUCAUGGGAACUGGAUGAAGCUGUAUAUGGAGGGAAACACGUCAGAGGUCCUGGGCAACAUGGGCAAGAAACUGCUCAAACAGUACCUGGAAGCCCUUCAAGCCAUGAGUGCGGCCCUCAGUAAACAGCUGGGCAAAUACGACAUGUACUCCAUGAUCAUUGGCAUGAGCCUCAUAUUACAGGUACUGGUGCUGUUGCUGUUGGCCAUGCCGGAGGCUCUGAGUGGGGCAGCGUGCGUGGAUGUCCCCGUGGCCUCUGCCUUCCUCUCUCUGCCCUUCUACCUGCUCUGCCUGUUGGGCUCCUCCGUACACGUGCUGGUGUGCACCUCCGCCGAGGCGUCCUGCUACUUCUGCUCCCUACCCUGGCUCCUGGCUUUCACCGCCAUCCUCUUCUCCUCUGCCUUGCUCUGUUCUCUGGUUGCUGUGGCAGCCAGAUAUGUCCCUGUACCUGGCAACUCGCAGCCUAAGACAUCAUCAGACUGGACUCUGUCUGAGCUGGACGUGUUGCUGCUGACCGGUACGGUCGGCCACACCCUCAGCCUGGGCGCUAGCAGUUUCGUAGAGGAGGAGCACCAGACCUGGUACUUCCUGCUCAACACCCUCUGCCUGGCCGUCUUCCAGGACGUCUGCAGGAAGUACUUCAGGGAAAGAAGACGGCCAGGCGAUGAUGAAGAGGAUGACCCUAUUCUGCCCUCUACAGUGGAGGAGGACACGUCCCAGGUCACUUUCUCACCAGCGGCAGAGCUGGGGGUUAGUGUGGGGUCAGAAAAGUGGUUGGCCCUGGCCACUCCAAUCCUGACUCUGGCUUGCUGUCGACUUCUGAGGUCACUGAACCAGACCGGAGUGCAGUGGGCACACCUGCCUGACCUGAGCCACUGGCUCAACAGUGGAGAUCAUAAGGUGGUCCUGUCUCUGCUGGCUAUUCUCUCUCUGCUGUUGAUCUUCCUGCUCGUCCAGCGUCGUUGUUCUCUGGUGUCCAAGAUUGCCCUGGCUCUCGGCCUCCUGGGAGUUUACAGCUACCGUGCUGCAGUCGGCAACGUCCUGUUCCCAUGGCAACACUCGGGCCGGUCCAUCUCCAAAGGAACAAGUGAGGCACGUUUCGUUUACGUCUUCGUCCUGGGUAUCCUCUUCACCGGAGUGAAGGAUCUACUGCGCUCUCAGGUGAUGUCCUCAGCGGUGGAGGGCAGGCGUCAGAAGAGCAGGGGAUUAUGGGAAGUGUUCAGUGGUGUGGUGCUGCUGGUAGCUCUACUGUUCCGAGCUCAUAACCUGCCUACGCUGGCAUGCUGCCUGCUCAUCCAGACCCUCAUGGCUCAGUUCAUCUGGAAGAAGCUGCACUAUGACGCUGCGCAGACCACCAUCAUGCACUACUGGUUCGGACAGGCCUUCUUUUAUUUCCAGGGGAACUCCAAUAACAUUGCGACGGUGGAUAUCUCGGUGGGGUUCGUGGGGCUGGAGAGUUAUGUGGAGGCUCCUGCUGUUUUCUUGACCGCAUUUAGCACCUACGCAGGUCCACUGCUGUGGGCUUGCCACCUGGUGUGCUACCUCAGCUCAGAGAGGGACAGGGCUGCGGUGUCGCUCGGCCACGGCAGCUACUGCUUUGCCCUGCUGCGUUCCAUCCCUGCUGUGUUUUAUGUAGUGCUGGUCACAGCGCUGCGCUAUCAUCUCUUCAUCUGGAGCGUGUUCUCCCCUAAGCUCCUCUACGAGGCCAUGCACACUCUGGUCACUGCAGCCGUGUGCCUGUUCUUUACCUUCAUGGACCAGGACCGCACAUGAAGACCGUGAGCUCCGGACCCUCCUGACCUAGAAUCCUUGUAUCCAACCCCAAACUCAGUCUCAGGAACAGUGGGAUGUGGAAGUAUGCAGAACAUUAGAGGAUGGAGUAGUUUGUCACCCUGAUGAAGAAAGAGGAGGUGGUGAGAUGGAUGAAAGGGUAUUGGAUGAUGUUGCACCAUUGAAGAGAAAGCAAUGAAUGGAUGAGGAGAGAUGAGAGAAGCAAGUUACGAAUUAAAAGCAAUAAGCGAGCUCUAAUCUCGCACUAUGAAAUAUACUCUGAAGUUCUCUGGAGAUUUUGCAACAAAUGCACAAAAGAUCUCUGGCUUGAUUCUGAUAAAAUAAAUAAGAUUUAUUCUUAACUUAUUUUUGUACUGCAGAAGGGUGGGGGUAAUUUAUUGUGGUUGAUGCUUGAGGGAAUUGAGUGCAUUACAGAACAGCACAAAUUCCCCCAGUGCUUAAACAAACUACAUGUAAGAUUUUUUUUUCUUCCACUGAUAAUUAUUCAUAAAUAAGUUCCCAGCAUGAAAGGAGCAUGUGUUCCCCACAGGCUUUUUGCUUCGAGUAUCUGUGCCAAGAGUGCUCACAGGAAAUCAGACUUACCAUGAACAACGUGACAAAGUUUAGAAAAAAAGCAUUGUUCACUGUUUAAUCUGACAUGUAGUUUCUUUAAUCGCUGUUCUUUUAUGCUUGAAAGAUAAGGAAGAAGAGAAUAUGAAAAAAUGAUUAUGAUAUAGAUCAUCCUAACCCUUCUUUCACCUUUUAAAUGAGAUGUCUCAGCAGUUAUCUGUUUUUUCUCCAUAUUUUCCAUUCUCCUAAACUCUCAGUCCAAAAUCUCUGGAGCAUUUUUAUGAUACUGAAGCUUCAAAGGAAUAAAAUCUUAUCAAACUACAGCUAUGCACAUUAUAAUAGCUUAAAAUGAGACAGUCUCAGAGCAUAAACGAAUUGAUUAUUAUGCAGCAUUACAUAACUUUUCCCUUUAAUUAGCAUGUAGAUCGGAUUGCUUAUGAAGCAACUGUGUAAUGUGUCAGCAGUGAGUUUAGUCACUUCAUUGAGUUUAGUUUAACCUCUGCUUUGAAUUUUUUUUAAGGGUAAAUGAUCUAAUAUCAAUAAUUGUCAUGUGGUGAGUGGCAGUGGGUAUUUACUAAAUUGCUAACCUUUCAGUUAGAGGAGCAUUAAGGGUGUUUUUCCACUGUACAAAUGACCAGAUUCUUUAGUUCUGGAAAACUGGAAUUGUACUUUUUCCACUGGGCAUUGGUCUAGCACCGAAAGUUCCAGUUUAAUGGUUUCUGCUUAAGUCUGGUACCAACAGAGCCUAAUGGCACUCAAGAUGUUCUCCUCUGUCUUUGUUAAGACUUGCGUGUGAAACCAGCAUCAGUUUAUCAAAUCUCUUCACUCUUCCAGGUGAAGAUAAAGUCACAAAGCACUGUUACACCACCAUAACACACCAAUCUAAACUAGGAUGUUAUGUUGAUGUGUGGAUUGGUUUUUGUUUUAGAAAGAGUUUGCAAGGGUAAGCCAGUGAAAGGCUAACACUAUUAGCAUUUUAUGCCUACAAGAUGUUUUUGCUCAUAUUUUCAUGACAAAGAAAACUAAUAGCUUUGAUUCUGAAUGUAAUUCUGUGUAAUUGUACACAGUUGUUUGUGUGAAUAUGUAGAACAGUGGGGUACAUUGUUUCAGCUCACUGUAACUAGCAAGCAAGGUAGCUAAUUAGCCAACGUAAAUGCUUAAGAUUUAAUAAUGAUUAUUAUAGUGAUUCCAGCUGUUGGUCAAGUAGGUGAAAAAUUAACUACAAAUAGAAGUUCCAUUGGUUCCCAUUUGGCUCAGUUCUUGUUUUUAAUGUGCAGUAGAAAAACGUUUUUUUGGAUCAUACUUUUUUUUUUCAAAUUAUAGAAGGUAUUUAGUGCAUUAAUCGUUUAGUUCCCAUCAUUGUUGUUUGUGCAGAGAUGUUCAAAAAUGCCCCACUGUUCUGGAUUUCUUCAAAUUCAUCAAAGGACCAUCAAUUUUCCCAUAUGUUUUCGCUUGCAUUGUUUACUUGUUUGUGUUUGGUUAUAAUUGCAAUGAGCACAUUGAUGAAACUGUGAUCAGGCAGACUGAAGCAUUCAGAGCAGUUUGGUCUGACACUGUGAAAUACAGGGCAAGUCUUGAUUAGUGCACAUUUUAUGUAUUGUCUCAUUCAUGGUGAUAAUUCCUACCUUUCAUGACCUCUGCUCUGCCCUGCCGAUAGCCAUCUGGGAAUGGACAGCAUGUGUGGGCCCUGCUUUGCUUAUCAGCCCUUUUCAGUAGCAGAGUGAGGUCGAUUUUCUAAUCGACUGCCUUACCAAAUGGACUGCACUCUCCAUGGAAUUGGGAAAAAACAGCUUACAUACACACACACACACACACAUUCUCUCUUACUCACUGUACGUGACCUUAGGGCCCCGUAUGACCUGUAGGACCCUCUGACUUACAAGAGGUAAUGAGUUCAUGGCUUCAGACCAAACCUCUCUCUGUGCUGAGAUUCAGAGCAGACCUCUAGGGCUACACACUAUGGAUAGAGUACAAGUAUUGUGAUUUUGUUUCUACAUAUAUUGCAAUCGCAAGUAAAAACAUUGUGAUUGUUUAGAGCAGUCAUUCGCAUAUUGCAGCCUUCUGCAGUGUUAGUGUUGCAAAAGCCAGUAUAUAUAAUGAACAAAAUAUUGUGCAGCCCUACUCUUUACUACUGUGUGAACAUACAAGGUGAUCUUACAUGCCAUAAGGAAAAUGUACUGAUAGAGUUCAUGAAUUUCUGUUUUUAUUUUGAGUUCAGUGAUUUGCUGAUUGUGUGUUCUUUGGGUGGUUACAGGUGAUCAUUUUAGGUUUGCAAUUAAAAAGCGUCCUGUGUUUUCUUUGCUGACCAUAA